UCUGUCUUGAUACAGGAAAAAUGUUUUAGCCAGGUGGAGGUCCACGUAAUACUUACUUACGCGAGAAGAGCUACAUCAUCUAUAUCAAUCUAUGUAUCAGCAUAUACGGCAUCACUCAUAUUUUUUCAUCCAUCUUGACUGAUUAUACUACAAGAGUAAGAAAGAACGCACCACUUACAGUUACUCUUUGAAGAUCAACAAAAUGGGGGGUGGCGGCAAGAGCAAAGGUGGCGGUGGUGGAUCCCGAAAUAAUGACUUUGCUCCUCCAGGCAGAGGCGGGAGUUGAGGCAUUUAUCAUAAUAGUGGCAUUGGCAUCAUUUUCCUUGUUUGCAAUGGCCAAUGCACCUUUAUCAAGCUCAAGGAACCCCUGACUGUGUGGUCUUGAUUGGCACAUCUUAGAUUGCUUCCACUCAGUACCACGGAGGUGUUAGCUAUAGUUGCUCUGAGGAGAAGACCAAGACGAAAAUAUAUUUAUUGGUUACUCAAAUACACAAGAGCAGGAAAUGAAUCAAAACAAAGGACAAGGAGCCUAGUACCCCUCUAAGUAAAGAAUCAAGACUCAGGACGUGGAAACUACGACUCUGGAGGCAGGAAUUAUGAGUCUGGUGGUGGAGGUGGGAGGAAUUAUGAAGAUCCUGUCGAUCCAUACCAUACGAGAAGACACAGCCGCGUCGCGAAUGAAUCCGAUGUAAAAGCAGUUGCUGGUCCAAUAUUCGAGCAACAGGGACGAGCAGAAUUGCUGGGGAAAUUUGUAUUCCAUAGAGUGUGGUAGCUGCACAGGUGUAUAUGGUUGAUUUAGUGGGUUCCUUUUCCCACUCUAUGUGGAUUUUGCUGUAUGGCAGCGACUUUGCCAAUUUAAAAUAGAGCAGAUUUUUUGGAAAUGCAUCAACAUUUUUCGGGCACUUCUUAGUACCCUCCGCGCAAAGACUUUUAUGAACACCUCCAGGUGUCCUCACUCGAAACACGUGGAGAAACACUCGCUGUUGUCGACGAACAUGGAGGCGUCGAUUGUGCAGCUUGUGGCUACUGCAUUAUGCAGGACUUGCUGCAAGGGAGAAAAGAAUACUCAGAGUUAUGAAAAUAUAGCGAAGAAGAUUAAGGCUGUCGAAGUAGAACCGAAGUGCGCAGCUGUACUAGAGUGCGUAAAUGCGGGCUAGCUUUGGACCGGCGGCUUUUGGGAGGUUAGAUAGCUAGGAAGUGCGGCGGCGUUGCUGCCAGAGAAAUGCCGCACCGCGUAGCGGUUUGCCAGCCCGCGAGGCUGCCGGGGUUGGGGUGGCUCGUGGUGCCGGACAGGUGAGGAGAGCGGCCCAGAAGGAGACGGCCCGGGUACGGUAGGGGGUGGCGCGCUUUGUGCCAGUAAACUUGCUCGCGACGACGCCGGCGUGUCUUAAGCCGUACUUGGCGUAGGCCUCGUGGCUAUUUUUGUGAAUGAGAAAAAAGAGCGCGCCUCGAGCCGGGUACUUUUAGGGGCUUAGACUGUAGGCGUGCGGUGCGGCCCGCACAUCCCGGGGCGAGCCAGUGAAGCUGGAAGCUGUGGCCGCGUGGCCGUCCUCGGGGGAGGGCUGCAGCAUUCGACACGGCGGCCGCUGUGCAUCGGUUCGCACGCAUGUGGAGGGGCGUGCGCGCUUCUCGCUUGGGUGUGCGUGGGUGUAUGAAGUGACUCGCAUGGGCUUGGGGGUGCAGCGUGGCGGGUGUGCUGGUUUGAUUACUUGGCGGGACACGCCCCGCCUGGCUCCUUUGUGCCGGCCCGGAGCUUUGCGCGCUCGGUCGGUUCGUUUAUUCUCUUGCCUUGGGUCCGCGCAGGUAUGCACAGGAGUACGCACAUUAGGCGCGGCGCAGUGGGGCCGUGGGUUGCCGCGUUCUGGUGGGGUCUGUCUGUCUCCUCGUUCAGGUCUUGACCUGCGGGCAGCCUUCGGCGUGUUCGGUCUCUUUGAUUUCAAAAGUUUUGCUGAAGACCUUCGGCGACCGCAAGUGUAAUAGCAAAACUCCCGGGGCAUUUUCUUUCGCCGUUUUCCUCCUCCCAUGUAGUGCGCUUCGAGCUGGGGUCUCGAUAGAUGCUCACAAGUAUGCCUCAAGGGGGUCUUCUGCUUGCCCUCUCUUACGAUCUCUAAUCAAAUAUGCCGUCCCCGAGGACCCGACAUUGUGGACAGCGAUAGAAAAAAUUGGAUACUCUCUCAGAGACGAACGGAUGCGCAACAUCGACUUAGAGCUCUGCACAAGACUCUACAAGCGAGGCGAAUACUUGCCACAUUACAUUUAUGGCUCGUUGCAGCUGAUCUACUUCUACUCAACAUGAUAUUUGCGUUGCUGAACCUCAGACGUAGUUGCAUGAUGUAGUAGUCAUGACAAAGAGCUCUCAGCUCUCGUCGCUAGUUACUCAUUGCAUCUAGUCCUGCUCCAGCCCUGGCCUUCCAUGAUUUCCCAAUGUCCGUCUUUUCUUCAUACCACAUACCUGAGUCAAUUUCCGAACUACAAUCCUGCAAUGGUAGAAAGGAGGGGUCCCGGCGCAGACCUUCCUGCAGUCCUCAUGGUUGCCGAGAAGCCGUCUAUCGCGAAAGUCAUAGCUGAGCACUUGAGUGGAGGUACAUCUACAAAGAUUAAGAUGAUGUUGUUGCUAGGAUAGAUAAAGAUUACAUGUGAUGGUACAAAGAUAAAGAUUAAUGUGAUGGAGUCAUCUUCUUUGCUCGUCCUGCUCAUUAAGUCAAGUAAGUACUAUUCAAUUAUAGCGCUCCUGAGUGAUGGCGAAGAUGGGCUUGCGCACUCAAUCAGAAUAGAUAAGUAGUGGUAACUGUCGAAGACAUUGAUGAAGAACUCAAGUACUAACUCAAAAAAAGUCCUAGGUAGUACUCUUGACAUUGACAAUCACUCUAGUAGGUCGAUACCGAACACGACGCGGCGUAUCUCGGGCUUGUCAAACCUAUGAAUUCGUGUGCCAUUUUGCACCUGCGCGCGGCCGUUGCCGCCUCAUAGUCACCAGCGUCAUCGGACACGUUUUUGGGCUCACGUUCAAGAAACAAAAGUUAAGAUGGAAGGCUUUGCGCUUGUAUGUUCGUCUUGUUCUCUUACUCUUUCAUCAAAAUCAAUGGAAAAAGCCCUACAGAUGAAAAUGCUUUUGCAAGAAGUCUAACUAUUUCAAAAUCAAGAAGAAUAUUUACACGGCGUAACAAGAUCAUGAUCUUAUAUCAAAGACAACACAGGGACUACUUCACAAGUUCCUCCCCGCCUGCUGAUCCCCCACACAUCUAAUGACCGGCCUCCGACCCGAGUGGAUGUUUGCAGCUGAAGUCUCCAAGGAAAUUGAAGAAGGCUCAAGGAAAAUGCGCGUGCCCGAGCAUUUGUCGGAAUUGGCGUCAGAAUGUGAGUAUUUGGCUCUUUGUUAAGGCUCCUCGGAAUCCAUCUACUUGUUCAUGAGCAUUCAUAUUGUUCGCUCCAUCUACCUCAGGAACAUUCAUACUGGUACUCGAAAGAGUAACAGCUGUAUGCUCUCCAGUCUGGUGCUCGAAAGAGUAACAGCUGUAGUCCAGAAGAUCUCUUCAUCUAGGACCUUGCUUUCUCAAAGGGGGAAACCGACUUAAAGAAGAGCGAUUUUCAAGAUGUUGGAUUUCGGGGAGGUCUAACUUCGGCUAGAUUGCGAUCGGGAAGGGGAGAACAUCUGCUACGAGGUUAUCAGUAUAGUGAGGGAGCACUUUCCGACUGACCAGAACAUCUACCGUGCGCACUUCUCGGCAAUCACAGAGCCUGAGAUCAAUUAAGGCCUUAAAGAGUUGUCUUUUUGUUCGUUGCCGUUGCUUUCGCCUCUCUUGUUGUUGGUAUGAUGGUAUCCCGGUUGGACAGACAGGCGAUGAAAGGCAAAAUAAACAACGGGGAACAAAAACACCAAAGACCUACCUCUAAAUCAAGCGCGCUUAUGGUGACCUACAACGGCCAAACAAGUACAUGGCUAUGGCCGUCGACGCACGGCAAGAACUCGAUCUGAAAGUGGGCAUAUCCUUUUCAACGCUGUUGAUUAUGAGAAUUAGUUUUUGGAAUUGGAUCGGAGUGCUAUUAGAUAUUUUUUUUUGAUCUGUACGUGUACAACAAGUGGCAUAGUAGUAACGAGGUGCCAUAUUUUACUUUGAUUCAAGUCAUACACUAAAAAGGCGACGUACCCAAUUAGUCCUCUCUCUACUACAAUGCUUCCAACUACUGCCUCUCUCAGUGUAACUUUCAUGGAGCUGCACAUAUUCGAAAACUCGAAAUAAGCGAGUUACUGACUGAAAUAGAAAUAUGUUGAGAGUCUUGACUACAUUCCUCUUCUUUCUUCAGUAUCUCCCUUCCCUUCACUAGUCACUCGCUCAUUUCAGUUUAUCGAAUAGCUCCCAAUGUAAACCCUUCUAACUCCCAGUGGAAUUUCCUCGAAGCAGCACGUGCGAAAUUCCCAAGGAUGGACUUGAAGAUGCUGACCUAUGGGCCGUGUCAGACUCCAACGUUGUGGUUCUGUGUAGAACGGCAUAGGGAAAUCCAGAAAUUUCGAAGAGACCAGUGGUACAAGCCUACGUUUUCACUCCGAGUGCCACACAAUGGAAGCGGACGGGAUCCAAGUGCGAUGCUGAAGUUUCAAACUUAAGAUACUGGACUAACUUGCUGAUGAUGAAGUUCGAGCAAAUAGUAUCUAUGUUAGUGUAGAUACGUUACACGUCCUUCUUGGGGCGCAUCGCCUGCGCUUCUGUCGGCACCUCGUGUGCGGAUGUAGCAAAGGCAACCGAUCCUAUCUUAUCCUAUCUUAUCCUAUCCUCUCCUAUCCUAUCCUAUCCUGUGUUUUUUCAUGUAGUUCAAUUAUGUACUUCGGUAGGUGGUCGAACGGUAAUGGCUUCAUUGAUGUCGGUUCAUCACUUUCAAGUCUUGAAAGUCGCUACGUAGAAAACUACGAAUAGUCGGUAUUUAGGAAACCCCUAAUCCCAGGAACUGCUGUGGACUUGGCCACACGCGCUCGACAAUAUCAUAUCCAGUGGUGGUAGAGGCGGCGGACGCGGAAAGGGAGGCGGGCGGGGAACGAAGGGCGCACAGGCUAGAGGUCGGAUCAUCAUUAGGGCUUCACGCAAGGACAAUCCAUCUCGACAAAUUUCCAGCAUCAUCUCUGUAAUCUAAUAUAAGUAGCAAGAAAUACAGUCACAAUGAUCAUGAGACUCAUCCGGCUUCCAGAAUUGUAUAUUCAGGCAUCACUAGUGACACUAGAAUACAUUUAGAAGCUCACCGCGUUUCUAUCGGAAGGAGAAGUUGUAGCUGCAAAAAGUUGUACUUUGCUGACUUCUAGUCUAGUUCUAGCUAAUCAAAAGCAAUAUAAUCUAUGAUUGAAACCUAUUAUGUCUGAAACUGAAUCCUCUCCAAUCGACACUACCGAUCGGAGCAAAAAGUGCUCAAGAGACCGGUUGGGCUAAACACAGUAGCGAUGCUGAAGGCGGCGUCAAGUCUGGGCUAUUCUCCAGGAACAGCAAUGAAAGUCGCGGAAGAUUUGUAUACUACGGCUAUAUGUGAUGGUGGUUGAGAACUGUACAUGACGGUAUGAUCAUCACCGUGAUGUUGGUUGAGAACUGCAAAUGGUGACUAACUAGUCGAUCUUAAUAACUACUUGACGCAAAGAAAUAGCAGAAGAUGAAGAUUCAUCGGAUGGUACUAUUAUGAUAUAUUAAUGGAGGUACAACUAUUAUAGAUACUAUACUAUGCAAAUGCAGCUGCUGUGUCUGUGUGUGUGUCUUCUAACCUCCGCGCCGGAUUCAUCUCUUAUCCUCGAACGGAGAGCACCAAGUACGCGGAUAGCUACAACGUAACAGAGGUUCUAGAAGAACAGACAAUUACGGCUACAGUAGAAAUAGUUGUACCAGCACUCUCCGAGAGGGAGAGUCUGAAGAAGAUGAUCUUGACCUCUCACCUGAGAAUUAUCAGCCACGGUGACUGACGAUUCACAGUGGUAGAGAAGAUGCACUUCUGAUAAAAUAUACAUACUAGUCCUGUGCGAGUACCUCAGGCUCUUGACCUGUGCGACUACCUUCUUUAGUACUGCGACUUCAACCCUCUCUAAGAAAAAUAAUCCCCAAUGGGGCAAGACUGUGGCGGUUUUUUUGAGGCAGAAUGAUCAUUGGAUUGAGCCACCAUCCGAGGGAUACGAUGCAGGAGACCAUCCGCCCAUCACGCCAUGUGGUCGCUUAGCAAAUAGAGACGAUAUGAAAAAUUAUGAAGACUGUCAUUCGGUCCCCACGUAUUAGAUGUAGAUUUGUGGCCGAUUGUACGGUCUUAUGCGCACCCAGUAUGUAAUUUGGAUGAUCUUAUAAAUAUGGGGUAAAUAAUUGGUUGAAAGGGUGGCAGCAUAUAGUCCUAACGCAAAAAAAAAAAAACCCCACGGUGAUCAAGAAUGAUCAUAAGAGGGGCACACACAUCACAUGACUUCUAUUGUCUACUUCUAGAUUUAGUUCUGACUUCUACCCUUGCCUAGUCGUACCAAGGCAACCAAGAAUGCUGGAAUAGUUGUACAACUUUGUCUACCUCUAAUAGCAAGGCAGCCAGUGGAAACUGUAUGAAUUCAUUUGCAGACACUUUUUGGCCACAGUAAUGGGCGACUGUCACUACACCGAACAUACGAUAACGGCCAGCCUAUCUGACGGAUCUUCGAGUGGUUCUUCGAAUAGGAACCAAAUACGUGGAGCCGGAGCAGGUGCAAACAUCCAAGGUGGUCAACAGGCACCCUUAAGGCUAGUACUGAAGGCGCAUGAGGGUGAGGAGCAUCCUCCAUACAACAUAGCGCGAUGCAUCCCUUACUCUGAGCAUAGAUUUUGCAUGCGCGAUACGCAGCAUACAGCAUCCCUGACUCUGAGCAUAGAUUUUCCGAAGCAGGGUUCUGAGUACUAUUCUCCCUGCUUGAGUAGAUUUUCCCAGGGGAGCAACUGAGUAUGUAGAAGACUAUUAACACGCCUAACUACUCUCUUCAACAUCCCGUAUGCAUGUCUACGAAGUAGGUAGCGCUACCUCUAACACCACCUUUGGAGUGCGUCGUGCACACAUUUGAGGAUAGAGGCUUUCUUUUCGCGACACCUUGGAAAGGCGAAAAUUUCAAUGAUUUGGCGAAGCAGGAUGGGGCUGGCAGAGGAGGUCGUGGAGGUUUUGACAACGUGAGUGCGAGACAAAUACAGGGAUUACUUUACGAAGAUAACGGGGCUUAUCGUUGAUGACGAAGUCGAGUGAUUUGAACGAUUCGAAUUUAUAGUUGACGAAGAGUGAAGAUUUGAACAAUUUGAGUCUAUUUCUAUAGUUGUUACAAGAGAUCUGUGUAAGUACUGCGUAGUAGAUGACAAGUUAGUGACCAUCUGUAUCUGAUUUUGCAGCCGUGGUCAUUAUCACCUUUACCCAGUCAGACUGAGUCUUCUGCUAAGGUGAACUUGUUGUUCAGCCCUCCCUCUUCUAUCCUCCCCAGUCCGUAUUUCUUCCCACCUUCAUCGCUCUCCUCGUGGCGAUUUCGAUAUUAGCGACUUGAAGGUAGAGGAAGGGUCUACCGAACCGCCUCAAUUUAUGACUCGCUUAUUUAUUUGUAGUUCUCAAUCUCUCUUUUUAGCAUCUUGAGCUUGAUACUUUCACUUGUCCACGAAUAGAUGGAAGGGAAAACGCAAAGGCACCGAGAAGAUGAGGAGUCCGAGAUGAAGAAAGCAUGCUCACUCUAAUGAAGACCUGAAGGAAAGCGAACUAGUAGCCUUGAUGGACAAGCAUGGAAUCGGUACCGACGCCUCUAUGGCUGGGCAUAUUGACAACGUUGUUGCAAGAAAUUAUUGCAAAGUUCACGGACCGUGUUUGGAUGGUACAACUUAUAUAUACUUUUCUUGAAUGAAGAACAAGUUGCUCCUUGCUUCUUCAAGUAGUCCAAGAAUCAAUUAUAAUAGGGUUACUAGUUUCACUUAUUCAUGUAUUAUGUACCUAUAGGACUACGGAAGUUGUAGUCGGGUUCCAGCAAAUUGGUUACGAGGAGGUAAUAGGACUACAGAAGUUGUAGUCGGUUUCCAGCAAGUUGGUCUUUUAUUGUGAAAAACUACUAGGUUCCGGCAAACCAGGAGACGCGAUAAGCAAUAAGGGGAAAGGCAAGGGCAAGACCAAAGGUGGCGAAAGACCAACGAGCCGGCACAUGGUUCCCACUGGAUUGGGUCUAGCCAUUCUGGAUAUGUUUAUGGCGGAUGCGUGCAGUGGAGCUAAUGGAAAUUGAAAGAGAGAAUUAACAUUAUUUUUUGACGUUUUUGUUGUCGUGUACUACAGCCAACUCUUCAAUGAUUACGUUUGGAGGGAUUUUGGCAAUUCAAGUUCAAGAAACUAGAAGUGUCAUCAUGCUAGAUGACUUUUAUGACGCGUCGUGGUAAGCAUAUUAGAUUGAGACUCCUUCUUUACCUCCUUAGUAAGCCUCUUACUCACGGUUACGAAAAUUCCAACACCAUCCCUUCCAUACCUGCCCUUUCAUCCCCAUAGAGCGCAUUGUGCCCGAUGUCGUUGAGCCCAAGGUGCGCAGCUUCAUGGAGAAGCAGUGCGCACAAAUAUCCAAUGGAGUGGCUUCGAAAGAACAAGUGGUGGCUGAAAAUUUGCAGAUUUUUGAGUCAAGAUUCACCGAGUUCAAGGAGAGGAUGGAAGAAGUCAGGCACAUUCUGGGAGGAAAAGCUCCGCCUGGUAAUAUUAAGGCUGGAGAUAAUACGUAAGUAUGAUGAAUCUAAAUCUAAAUCUAUAUCUGAUUUAUUGUAAUACCUCUGAACACAAAUUGAACCCCCUCUCUCCUCUCUCUGCAACUUUAAACUGUACCCCGAGAAUGAGUUAACUACCACUACUACUAACCUAAAUCUAAAUCUAUAUCUGAUUUAUUGGGUCAUACCUUAAAUUUUCGGCAUACUGUUAUUGUCGGUAGCUCUGCGUGUGUAUUCUUGGGAGAAUAUAAUGAUUUUGGUCUUCUAUCUUCGGUCUCAAUCUUCAUUAUUGUAGGUAGCUUUUAAUUUGCUGAUGAUGUCCUAUUUGUCCUUCUUGAAACUUCAAGUACCAGAAGCAAGUCGCUUGGCUAAAUUGAUGUAUUGUGGUUCAUCUUCUUUUUCACACGACACCUGCUGAUUGAUGGAUUGUUUUUGUUUGCUCGGUUUGCACCCAAGGACUUCUGAUUUAGAUAUUUUCGUUUGCUGGAUUUUCCCUAGUAGGAUCCGGAGAGAAUAAGCUUCGAAGAUCCUAAAGCAGGACUCGUCGAGAGGAUAAGAAGAUCAUGAUGAUCAUGAUGAUGAUGAUAAUAUUCAUAGUAAGAAUUAUUCGUGAUCGUGAGCGCUCCUCUAAUGCUUGUAACAGUGGAGGCGGUGGAGGCCGUGACCGAGGAGGGAAUCAAUAUGGCGGUGGAGGUCGAGGAGGACAAGACAACUACGGCGGCGGAAGUCGUGGCCAACAGAGCGGGCGCGGUGGUCAGGAUCAUGGUCGAAACGCUGGAGGUAAUCAAAGUUAUGGAAAAUGGUGUUGAUCAGAGGUGUUGAACGAAAAUAUGGACGUAAAAACGGAAGUAUAUUACUUCGAAUUCGAAAAUAUGGAUCAUAAGGGAUCUGAGCCCUCUUCUAACAGCCACAACAAGAGCAAAACUACGACUUCGAAUCCGAUAUUCGGACUAUGCGAGAGUAUGGCUAUAACGACCGCGUCAGAGAUGCUUGGGAUGAACAGGACGACUGGGGCGAAGACUGGUGAAGUUGGUCAUGUCACCAAUACGAGCGCUUGUAUUGGCUAGUAUAAACCCAAAAAAGAAAAUAGAAAAGUUGGACGAGGAGAGACUUCGUCGGUUAGCGAAACUUCAUCUAAAUCUAUUUUUAUCGCUUCUCGUGUCGUCCGCGUGUGAAAUAUCGCAGAAUAAUCCAAGAUGACUUUUUUUGUCGAUUCUUUUAGCGCAUGUCAGUCCAGGUCCAAAUACGAAAGUCGACAAAACAAAUUCAUAUCACCACACUUACAACAGGACUUGUACACUGUCACUGUUUCAGAUACUAUUUUUACUACUUCUUGAAGACCAAGACCACGAUGAUAGAAAUUCCCUAUCUUACUAGGUCCCUCGUCGUUUUUUUUGAUUUUUUAUCCCAAAGUAGUAUCUAUUAUCUAGUAUUUGUUUCUAUCACCCGCGUGACUGUUCAUACAAAAAUGGUGUAACAAAAACAACCCAACAACAUACAUCACUAGUUCUAGUAACAACGAACUCUCUGAAAUAACUGUACUUCUUUUUCUACUAAGACAGCAGGAAAAUAUGAUUGCUUCCGAACACCACCUCGAUCAUGAGAGAGCAAAAUAAUGAUUUCACGUGUAAGCGGAAGCUCCUACUUCGAAAAGCAUGAACAUGAACCUGAACGCGGAUAAAAUUCUAUUGUACUAAGGCAAGUCAGUAGUCGUGGUCGCAUCGGCGAUACUUGCAGUACGAAGUUACAGAAUAAUUCAAGAAGCUUCUUGACUACUCGGC